CGCUGGCCAUCCAGUGUGGAGAGGUUUAGAUAUUAAAUCAGUAUGGGUGUCCAAGGGUUGUAUACAUACUUGAUGCGGCACCAGGAGGAGGUGGUUGAAGUCGUUGAUCUGGUUGAAAAGGCAAGGCAAAGAAAUGGUAUCGAGCUAUUGGUGGACUUCUACGCUUUUGAGCAUCUCGUUCUUAAAAGUAUGUGGAAGAGUCUGGGGGAGGUCCGACGGAAUGAUUAUCUCCGAUUAGCUGGAGGGGAAUACGAAACAAUAGACCAAUACUUUUCAAAGUUUGUUAAAGACCUCCGUGCCGUGGACAUCAGUCUAGUCUUUUACGUCGAUGGCGCCAAAGGCAGCUCGACGUACCAGACCCAAAAUAAACUGGACACUUGGAAGUCACGGUAUAAAAACGAUGUGAAGAAGUUGAAUACAUUGUUAGAUGUAUGUUCAGGAAAGACGAAUAUUAGCUCAGUGCCGUAUGAGACGGCAGUUCGCCCUGUUCUACUGGAGGUGCAGGUGUUCCAAACUUUGAGACAGUGCGGUUGUGAAAUUCACCAGGUAUCCUUCGGCGAAGCGGAUUACGCAAUAGCUCGAGAUUUGAUGGACAGGCCCAAGGCCUAUGCUGUCCUCGGAAACGACACAGACUUUUGUAUAUUCAGAGAGAGUGUUUUUAUUCAUGUGGACUUGUUUGAUAUGGAAAGUGACAUGGGUCUUGGGGGACCAUAUUCUUUGCCAGAGAAACCUCUUCGUUUAGUUGCUGGAAUCCUAACACAGGAGAGGGUCUCCGAAUUGCUGGGGUUCAAGGAGCAUCGCCUUCUCAUUGAGUUGUCGAUAAUCUGUGGCAAUGACUUCACGGGUCCCGUCAUACGCAGUCGUCACAUCAAGGAAAACCUGGACGUCAAGGACCACAAGGAUAUGAAGGAGAUAGCGGGAUGGGUACGACACUACCAGAUGGUUGAUAACCAUCCGAUGAUAAAACAAGAGGCGAAAAAGAACAAGCAGCUUAUGAAUGCCAUUCAAUUCUCUCGCCAAUUCUACUGCCUGAUGUAUUCCCAGCCGGAAGUGAAUUUUAAAGGUCAAAUGUCCCAUGACAUCGAAGAAGGUGUCCUUAACGGCACGUAUUCUCCUAACAUCAUGUCCAUGCACAACAACUUCUACUGGCAUCGAAUGCUGCUUGAAGACACAAAAUACGGACAUCCUUGCAUUGAAUGGGCUCUGGCGGAGCUUCGUAGUUUUAUUUACAAACUGGUGCUACCUCGGGACGAGGCUGUAGUUGUGGAAUACGGGAGAACGCCCUAUGAUGAGGAUCUGGCCACAUCGGGGAUGAUGUCAUGCGACCGGAACUUUUGGCCGAUCAACCAAGUCCACAAUAAUAAGAUAUUCCAAAAUCUGAGAACGUUCCACCUCAUUAUCACCCAUCAAGAAGGUGGCGAGGUCAAAGAGUUCUUCAAUCGCUACGGCCGCAGGACCGGUUUCCUCGUCUACGUGCUCCGUUACUUCCUCCUGAUGAACAGAGGCAAGAACUUGAAUAUCGAGGACGAUGAGUACUUGGAUCUGGUGGCUGGGACGUUUGCUCGAGGACUCAAUCUCAGUUUCUACCAGGGCCUCGGUAUUUGCCCGAGCGUCCGCUGUGUUACUUUGGGAAAUUGGUUUCAGGAUUUGUAUCGCCAUGCGUAUGAGUUCUUGGCAAAGAUCUUGCUGAUUUCCCAUGAGUGUCCAACGCCAAAGGAAAUCUUCAACGGGUCUGUGUGGACAGCGUUCUACAUGACAGGACGACCGGACUUUAGUCGUCGCCGACCAUUACACCUGACCAACUCAGACUGUGGACGCAUCUACCGAGAUAAACAGAACAUUUUGAAGGAGAAACGUCAUAUGAUAAGAUAUAUGGUGGAGGGAUACAUGCAAUUCAAUACAAGUGGAUGGUGAAAUUCGCCAUGGGUGCCGUAUCGGCACUCUGAAGCACUUGUUGACACAGGCGUGAGGGUUUCAACUGAUACAUGUAUGAGUUGGCCUAAGCUGUUCAUGUAAACUGUUUUUGUCUGUGCCACUGGAAAUAAACAUUGCCACUAUUCAGGAACCGGAUAUGUCAUCUUCAGAUACGUCAGGAUCACACCAAGUGUAGAUAUGUAUAUUAUAAGACAUGUUCUUUUAAAGCAGUUGCAGUCUUUACUCUGUCAAUGAAGGAUUUGAGGGACCUCUGUAACACUCUCUCACAGACAUUUUACAUCUGUGUGCUCCCAGCUUUAGAAAGGCAGUGGUUGACUUAUUGAGGUUGUCCACCUUGUACAUAAGUAGCUAUUGUGUGUCUGUAUUUAUAAUAAAAAAGUAAAUAAACUGUUACUGUA